AUGCGCCAUCUGGAGCCCCGAGGUGCGCCGCUGUCAGUAGCUGCUGCUGCUGCUGCUGAGAAUGAUAAUGAUGACGGCGCUAUUACUCCCCCCGUCCUCCCCCCGUCCUCCCCCCGUCCUCCCCCCGUCCUCUCCCCGUCCUUCCCCCCUCCUCCCCUCCUCCUCCCCCCAUCCUCCCCUCCUCCCCCAGUCCUCCUCCCCUCCUCCCCCCGUCCUCCCCCCGUCCUCCCCCUCUUCUCCCUCCUCCUCCCCCCGUCCUCCCCCCUUCUCCCUGCUCCUCAGGUGUUCUUCUGUGCGGCGAAUCAACUGAAGAACGUGCCUGCUGCCGUGCGGAGGGGGAGGCUGCUCAAGUGCAGCCGGUGUGGUCGCAGCGGGGCCAACAUUGGGUGCCGGGAGGAGCGGUGCCCUCACACGUACCACCUGCCCUGUGCGCGCUACGACGACUGUUUCUUUGACCACACCGAUUUCCUCAUCUCCUGCCCGCUCCACACUCGCUCCCUCAUGCUCCGCCGCCACGGCUCCCACCUGCCCGAGUUCAACGCCUUUUACGGGCAGCCCGCGGGCAGGCUGUCCGGGCAGAUGGUGGAACUUUUGUCGGCUGCCCGUGCAGCUGCCCGGAGGGAUGAGGAGGCGGAGGCGCAGUGGGAGGAGGGGAUGGGGAGUGAGGAGGAUGAUGAGGAUGAGGAGUUUCAGGCAAAGGAGAGGAGGAGGAGAGUGAGGGACCUAGCUAGGGUUGAGCCGGUUCGGCUUGGGGGAGGGGUGACGUGGCGUGCGGCUGCCAGCGGUGCUGCCCUGUCGCUGGCCACGUCAGCAGGUCGUGCUCGUUAUCCAGUGGCUGGGCUUGAGAGGCCGGCUGGGGUUGAACCUGGGGGAGAGGGAAGGGGGGGCGGAGGGGGAGGGCGGAGAGGGGAUGGAGGGGGAGCAGGGGGAGAAGCAGAAGGGGGGGAGGGGGAGGGAUUUCGCGCAAAAAAUCCAAUUCAAACUGGCAGUGUCUGGGAAAAGGUUGACUGUGCCAAAGCUGAGUGUGACAAUGUGGAGUGUGAGAAUGAGAGUAAGCCACUAGGGGAACAGUCACAGAGAGCAGCGCACAGCUUGUUGAGUCUGGUGGCAAUGCCUGACAGUGGCGGUGAUGGUGGUGGCGCUGACGUGGCGACAUCUGGUUGGGUGAUGGUGCGGUUUGGGGGGGCGGAAGCAAGGGGGCUGGGGGGAGGGGAGGGGGAAGCGGGGGAGGAAUUGGCGGCUGUGAUUGGCCCUGACACUCCGCUGGAGGUGCUGUUGAGGGCAAGGGGGGUUGGGGAGGCUGGUCGAGGGGAGGGGGGAAUGCAGGAGGAGGGAGUGAGGGAGGGGAAAGUGGUGGAAGGGCGGCUGGAUGAGAGGGAUGUGGAGCUAGGUAGAGGAGGGAAAGCAGCGGAGGAGGGGAAGAAGAGAGGAAGAGAGGGAAGGGAUGAAGGACGAGAGGGAAGAAAGGGAGCAAUGGAGCUACUACAGGGCUUGAGUCCCCAAGUGCACCUGGGGGGUGGUGCUGUGGAGUUAGCACUAGGUGGCGUGAGCGGCGAGCGGGUGAAUGCGGGGGUCUGUGAGGGAGUGAUUGAGGGAGUGAGUGAGGGAGUGAGUGAGGGAGGGAGGAAGGGAGCGAGGGAGGAGGUGGGUGGGGCAACAGAUUGGGGGAUUGAGGGUGAUGGGGAGGGGGAGAUGGCAGCAAAGCGGGCGAGGAAUACACUGGAUUCAGAGGUGCUGGUUGCGUGUAGAGAGGGUGUCUUUGAGAUGUCUCAAAAGCGGGCGAGGAAUACACCGGAUUCAGAGGUGCUGGUUGAAAGGGCAAGGGACACUCCAGGAGCAGCAACGGGAGCUGGUUCUGAGAUUUGUCAACAGCAGGCAAGGGUUACAGCAGAGCCUGAGGUGCUGGUUGGAAGGAAGAGGGACGCUCCAGACGCAGUGGACGCUGGGGGGGAUGGAGGCCUACGUCCAGUCAUCCGCUCUCUCACAGAGCUCGUCCUCCUCCCCCUGCGCUACCCCUCCCUCUUCCCAUCCCUCGGCAUAACACCCCCCCGCGGCGUGCUCUUGCACGGGCUGCCCGGGACAGGGAAGACUCUGGUGGUGCGGGCGUUGGCAGGGGCGUGCGCGAGGGGGGAGAGGGAAGUGGCGUUUUUUGCGCGGCACGGCGCGGAUUGCCUUGGGAAGUACGUGGGAGACGCGGAGAAGCAUCUACGGCUGUUGUUUGAAGUGGCGAAGCAACGUCAGCCGUCGAUUAUAUUCUUUGAUGAGCUAGAUGGGCUGGCGCCGGCCAGGGGGGCGAAUCAGGACCCCACUCAUAGCUCUGUGGUGGCUACGCUUUUGGCGCUUCUUGAUGGGUUGGAUUCAAGGGGUGCGGUUACCGUUAUUGCUGCAACCAAUCGGAUUGAUGCCAUUGAUCCUGCCCUGCGCCGCCCGGGCAGGUUCGACCGCGAGAUUUUCUUUCCGCUGCCCGGAUUUGCGGGCCGGAAGGCGAUUUUGAGGGCGAUAACGGGGGGGUGGGGGCCGGGGGUGGCACCUUCCGGGAAGGUUCUGGAGGAGCUAGCGAAGAGGAGUGAAGGAUUUGCAGGGGCAGAUCUUCGGGCAGUCUGCAAUGAUGCACUUAUGGCUGCCCUGAGAAAAACGUUUCCCAUGGACAAGGCUUUGGCUCUGGAUGUGCUGCCCGGGAGUGAAAAGUUUGGUGCUGGGCAGCCCCAGCUGCCCGGAGCAGGAUCACCUUCUUGUCCACGUGGCACAGGCUCAUUGGUGCCAGCGAAGGUGUCUCGUCUGCCUGUCCCUGAGAUCCACGUGGAGGCCUGUGAUUGGCUGGAAGCACUGCAGCUGGCACAAGUGCCCUGUGCCCUCCGAACUGCAGCUGCCAGCUUCGGCAAGUUAGGUUCGGCUGCCGUGCCUGGGUACCUGUUACCGAUCCUGGCCCCUGCCUUGAUUCGGCUGGUUCGUGCACUGGUUGAGACAGCCGGGGUUGGGAAACAGCAGGAGGUAAUUGAAAUGAGAACCAAUGACAUUAUGGGGAGGGGAGCAGGUGUGAGAUGUGACUAUAUGCAAGGUGGUUUUAGGGGAGGGGGCAGUGCAGACAGUGAAAGAUGGAAGAUGGUGGGGAGGGGAGAUGAGAGAGCAGGGGAUGAGGAGGAGUGGGUGGUGGGACGCGCGUUGGAGAUGCUGGGGUGGGUGGAGAGAGGAAAAGACAGAGGCACACAGGCUAAAGAUGUGAAUAUGGAGAGGGGGGAAGAGGGAAUGGGAGGGGAGAAAGAGGGGGAGGAGAAGGAGCAGGGGCCGGAGGGAGGGGAGUGGGGGGACGAGGAGGAGGAAGAAGGGGAUGAGAAGGAAGAGGGUGAAGGGGCGGUGGUGGUGGAGGUGGAUGUGCCGGCUAUGGUGCUGCUGGGGCAAGGGGACAUGGCUGUUGGCAUGCGUGCACUCUUAGCCAAGGGGACUUUUGAGUCGACUCAAAAGUGUCUUUCUGAGGCACUGCAGAUUCUCUUCUCCCCUCUCCCGAUUCCCUUCUCCCCUCUCCCGAUUCUCUUCUCCCCUCUCCCGAUUCCCUUCUCCCCUCUCCCGAUUCUCUUCUCCCCUCUCCCGAUUCCCUUCUCCCCUCUCCCGAUUCUCUUCUCCCCUCUCCCGAUUCCCUUCUCCCCUCUCCCGAUUCUCUUCUCCCCUCUCCCGAUUCCCUUCUCCCCUCUCUUCCGGUUCGCAGAGCAAGCAAGAUCCAUGGCGCCCUGUGUGCUGCUGCUGCCACGUGUCAACACAUGGGUGGUGCAGGGGUGGAAGGAUGGGAGAGGCAUGGGAGUGGAUGGGGAGGAGGAGGAUGAGGAGGAGGAGGGAGGGGUUAAUGGGGAGAGGUUGGAGGAGGAGGAAGGAGGAGGGGAGGUGAGUGAGGGAGGGGAUAGUAAGGAGAGCCAGGAAGAGGAGGAAAUGGAGGAAGAGGAGGAAGAGGACGAGGAAGAAGAGGGGGAUGGGAGGGAAGGCAGGGUAUCAGGGGAGUGGGCAUCAUUUGAGCAGCUGAUGGCAGGGGUGGAGUCUCAGCUAGCGUCCUCUGCUGCUCUGUUCAUGCACUCUUCCCGUGCCAACGCGGCUUGCAUUCACGUCGUGGCCACCUCAGAGGUACCUCUCUCUGCCCUCCCAUCGCCGAGCUUGGUGACUGUGAGUGGGAGUGGCCGCAUAGUGCUGACUCUGUCUUCUCUCCCCUCCUGCUGCUUGCAACAGUCGCUUAUGGUGGGUGGUGGUGGGGGCAGUGUUGGGGGAGGGGGAGGAGGGGCAGCAGGACAACGAGAGGGAGGAGAGGAGGAAAAUGGUGAGGGAGAGAGGGUUGAAGGGGUGGGGGCAAGUGGUGUGUGUGGGAAGGCAUGUCUUGGGGAUGACAAGAAUGAAGAGAACAAGGAGGAGGAGGGAGGAGGAGGCGGAGCGGGAGGAGGGGGGAGAAGGAGGGAGGAAGCGGAUGAUAAGGCGUGUGUUGAUGGGGAUGGGACGCGUCAGCAGGAAGAGGAGAUUGCAGGAUGCAGGACAGGUGGCGAGCUCUCAUUGGCCGGGAGGUGGAGGGCGGCAGUGGGCAUGGCUGCUCGGCAAUUGGCGUGGGAGGUGUGGGAAGCGGUGGAGAGAGGUGCUAGGGGAGAGGUGUUGGCAGGGAGGAGGGGCAUGGGGGGUAAGGGGAAGAGGGGGGGAAACGGGGAAGGAGGACGGUGGGAAGAGGAGGGAAGGAGAGUUGGGAAGAGAAGGAGAGUGGAAGGAAGGGGUGGAGAUGGGGAGGGUGGUGAUGGGGACGGGAUGACUGGGAGGGAGGCCGAGGGGCGAAUCGACAUUCCUGACGGGGAGCUGCAGAAGCAGCAGGAGCAGCAGGGGCAGCAGGGGCAGCAGGGGCAGCAGGGGCAGCAGGGGCAGCAGGGGCAGCAGGGGCAGCAGGGGCAGCAGGGGCAGCAGGGGCAGCAGGGGCAGCAGGGGCAGCAGGGGCAGCACGCACAGGGUGUGUGGCGAACAGAGGCAGAGCGGCGGCUGCUGGGGGGGUUGGCCUGCCACUAUCAAACUGAUGCACAGCAGCAGUGGAGUGCGGAGCAUGUGUGGGCGGUGCAGCGGGCGUGUCGCAUGGAGCAGCAAGUGAGAGCGCUACAAGACACAGUGGCAGCGUGGGUGCACCUCAUGGCUCCCAUGCACGCUGCUGCUGCUGCCUCCACCGCUCACCUACCCCCUCCUCCUCCCCGGCUUUCCCUUGCCCCCCCACACACUGGUCACGCUGGCGCGCUGUCUCCUGCAGCUCCUCCGGCGACGGGCCUUGAGACGUCUCGAAACUCGCUAGCAGGCGCGCUGUCUCCUGCAGCUCCUCCGGCGACGGGCCUUGAGACGUCUCGAAACUCGCUAGCAGGCGCGCUGUCUCCUGCAACCCCUCCGGUGACGGGCCUUGACGUGCUGAGGCGCCCUGGACUUGCGUGGCGGGGGAGGGAACGGGGUGAGGGAGCAGCAGAUGGGCUUGGUGGGAGUUCGGGGAAAGGGAGAGAAAGGAGAGAAGGGAGAGAAGGGAGAGAAGGGAGAGAAGGGAGAGAAGGGAGGGAAGGGAGAGAAGGGAGGGAAGGGAGGGAAGGGAGGGAAGGAAGAGAAGGGGGAGAAGGAAAGGAUGAGGGAGAAGGGAGAGAAGAUAGAGAUAGGAGAGAAGAGAGGGAUGGAAGAGACGGGAGAGAAGGAGGAGAUGGAAGUGGAGGGUGCGAGCAAGCAUGUGAUGCGGUGCUGGUGAGAGGAGGAGGAGUUGAGAGCGGUGGUUCUAGGUUGAUGCAAGAAGGAGCGGCAGGGGAGGAGGGUGGGGAGCAAGGAGCAGAGGGUGAUGGGGGAGUAACUGUAACGCCAGAGGUGAUACUUGGGGAGACUUUUGAGGCGCCUCAAGAGACGAAUUUUGAGGCGCCUCAAGAGACGAAUUUUGAGGCGCCUCAAGAGACGAAUUUUGAGGCGCCUCAAGAGGGUGAUGGAGGAGUAACUGUAACGCCAGAGGUGAUACUUGAGGAGGAGGUGGAAGGCGGUGCGGCAGGCAGUGGUGCUGAAAGGGAAGAUAUUGCAGAGAGAGGGAGUAAUGAGGGUGAGCGUGAGGAUGCGGAUGGGGACAGGACUGGCACGGGCAAUGGAGGGCGAUGUGGCCUUGCAGGUGCAGAGGCGGAUAGCCUUGCGGAGGGAGAUGAGAGGGAGCAGGAGGCAGAGGAGGAGGGGGGUGAAAAGGGGGACGAGGAUGAGAAGGAUGGGAAUGGGGACAGGACUGGCAUGGGCAAUGAAGGGCGAUGUGGGCGUGCAGGUGUAAAGGGGGGUAGCCAUGAGGAGGGGCAGGAGAGAGAGCAGGAGGGCGAGGAGGAGGAUGAAGAAGGGAACGAGGAGGCGCGUGAAGCAGGCAAGUGGUGGGCGGAGGAGGAUGAGGAGGGCACGAGGGAGCAGGAAAGAGGGGUAGCUGGAAGAGCAGAGCAAGAGGCAAGGGUCGAAGGGGAUGGCCAGACGGUGGGUAAAGGCAGUGGUGGGGACGACGGUGAGGGUGUCUCUCCCCACCGCAGUGGGGAUGGCAUGGGUGCUGUCACUCGCACACCUCUCAACCGCAAGGCACUGCACAGCACCGCUCCUCAUCAUCAAGCCCUCCUGUCCACGUCACGCGGCGGUGCAGCUGCGCCAGUCACGUGCGGCCAGCUGGAGCGAGCAGUGCGCCAGCUGGCAAGCAUGGCCACAGCUGCUGUGAGGCGAGUGCGGUGCGGUCAUACCUCAUUUGCUGCCGCUGAUGCUGCUGCUAGUGGUGCUGCUGGUGGUGCUGCUGCUGCGUCCGCUGCUGUUCCUUCUGCUAAUGGCGGUGAUGGUGGUGGUGCUGGUGGUGGUAGUGCUACCCCUGGUGCUGCCACAGCUCCAUGUGCUCAUGCGUCUGGUGAUGAGGGCGAGCUGGUUCAAGGCAGCGCGCCGUCUAUGUCCGCCUCGGAUUUCCUCGCCGCCGCGAAUCAGAUCACAACCGAUAAAAUCCAGUCGAUCCGCAUGCGAAUCUACCAGCAGUUCGUCCAAAAUCUCGCCAUGAAAGGCGCGAGCACGGCCGCGCUGGGCCAAAUCGUCGACCUGCCGCAGCCGCCAUUCACCAACAUGACUCUCCAACUCGUGAAGCUCAAACUCUCUUCGCUCGUCGCGAAUGGGUUUCUCUUCCACGAGUUUUUCAUUCCGCCGGGAAUCCAGGUCUCCACGAAUCCGGACCUCGUCGUGCUGUUGUAUAACCAGAUUCCAGUCACCUUCGCGCCGUACAGACCACCGACUAGUUACUCCUAUUCGCCGUAUUUCGCCGGGGUUGACAUCCUUCCGUACGUUAACGACACGACGAAGGCUCCGGGGCCGCUGCUUGUGCGAACGAGCCCGUCGUUACCAAUAACUGUUACAUUUCCUUUCGACGACUCUCAGCCUGGUUACGUUCAGUGCACUACGUUCGGCCUGCUCGGCGCGCUUAUCCCUCUCAACCAAUCACAGGACAGCACAACCACGCGAGUUAUAUGCGAGAGCGUCACCCUUGGGGAAUUUACCCUCACAAUCGGCUCCAACCCAUUCCCUUCACCACCGCCUCCCCCGCCGUCCCCUCCGCCCCCCCCGUCCCCGCCAACUCCGCCAACCCCCACUCCGCCUUCUCCGCCCGCAACCACCCCCGCCGACAACGGCGGGUCAAGCGGCCUGACAAUCGGGUUAGCGAUCGGACUCGCGAUACCGAUUAUUCUCCUGCUUGUGCUGGGCGCGUGGCUGAUCUGGCAGCUGCUGCAGCGCGGGCGCUACGAGAAGAUGGAGCUGGCGGCGGAGCGCGCCGCGAACCUCGAGACCGCGCUCAUUGCGGGGCAGCGUGCGCCGUCCGCGCCCGCCGUGCGCACCAGGGGGGCGCUGGAGGACGAGGCGUGA